AUGGAGAAAAACCGGGCAGCAGCGUUAACCGUAGCUCUAAUCAAAAUCAUCCAAAAAAAAGGAACUCGACAAGAAAGUGUUCAAAAUCGGGAAAAAGUCAACGAAGAAGAUGCAAUCACAAAUAGAGAAGAAGAAAAAGAAACAUCCCAAAGAAAAACUCGUGGGAAAACUUUGUGCAAAAAGAUUCAUGCAAGAACUUUGGAAGAGCGAGUAGAAGUGACCUUUAAUGAGGAUUUUCAGCCAAUUGGUCCUAGUGAAAAAGUAGUGUCUGACUUGAGCCUCUUCUUGGGAACAUUGGCUAGGAACUCAACAUUUUGUCCUCUACGUUACACCAAUUGGUCAGGAAUGCCAGAUGAUAAUAAAAACCGUGUCUGGAGAUAUACUAAUCGGAAGUUUAUCUUGCCGGUUGAAGCACGAGAUUGGAUUGAGACCACUGUUAGAGAAGCAUGGAGAAGAUAUAAGCACAAAAUUAAGAAGAAUCAUUUUUUGAAUAAGGAAACUAUACAAGCAAUCAGUGAAAAUAACACUAGAAAUAGAGCUCAACUAGAGUGGAUGCAUCGAAUGGGUCCCAAAAACUUUACUUUGACUCGUGAAAAAGUGCGUGAAAAGGAAAAAAGAGAGCCCACUCAAUUAGAAAUGUUUGUUGAAACUCGAAAAGGAAAAAAAGGAAAGGAACUGGAUGUAGAAACUGGAAAAGUAAUUUCCCAACUUCAAGAAAUGGUUGAAAAGGAGGAAAGUGAUACAGAAGCUUUUAAAGUUGUUUUUGGAAAGGAGUGUCCAGGCAGGGUACGCUGUUAUGGGAGAAACAUAACUAAAACUUCCUUAAAGAGAAAGGCAGAGAUUAAUGCUUUGAAACAAGCCCACAGUGAAGAGGUCUCUACAUUAAGGGACGAGUUUCAAGAUAAGAUUGAUAGAUUGCAAAAUGCUUUUAAGAUCGUAAUACAACAAUGCAAUCCUCAAAUUAAUAUAGAGUCAAUUGAAGAUUUGUUAGGAUUAUCUCAUGGAGAUGCUAAUAGUUCCCCAAAGGAUAUAAGACCGCAAAUGCAUUCAUCUACAUCAACUCAUGCUCCAUGUCAUGGAAAGCAAUGUAUCAAUGAAGAUGUUGAAAAGGACGAUAUAAAUGAUGAAAUUCAAGAGGACGACAUAAAUGAUAAAAUUCAAGAGGACGACCUAAAUGAUAAAAUUCAAGAGGACGACGUAGAUGACGAAUUUCAAGAGGACGACAUAGAUCUAGAUGAUGAAUUUCAAGAGGACGAUAUAGAUGGUGAAUUUCAAGAGGAUGAAGUAGAUGAAGAAUUUAUGGAGGAUGACAUAUCUAACGAAUUUCAGGAGGAUGAUCUGGAUGAUUUACUCUUAGAAGACAAACUUGAGUGA